CGCUCACUCACUCACAGCUUUCCCUUUCCACCUGUUGAUCUCAUCCCCAACAAUGGCCAGGUCUUGACGGUCGAUGGCAGAGAAUUGAACAGAACACAUCCCAUUGCCUGUCUGACGGUCGCAUGGAUCGCCAACUGCAGGAACCUCGACCUCCCUCGUGGGAACGGUGACACAAAACGCAGUCUCUCCUCCUCCGUCGCAACCCAAACUCGACCUCGGCCCCCAUCUCAGCCUCGUCUCCACCAGCCACCACCCUCAGCACCCUCAGCACCCUUGCUUCCAAGCCAGCCAGGCCGGCGACACCAUGGCAGACCCGGCACAGCACCAGCCGCCAAACAUCUCAUCGACCUAUCCCAACCCGCCCGACUUCCUCUGGCGCGACUUCACGCCCGACAACAUAUCUCGCUACGAUGACCUGACCAAGAAAUGGCGGGACGAGCACCCAGGAGCUGCCGCCGAACAGGCCAUAGUCCUCAUUCCCGACCUCCCAGAGGACCUCAGACACCUGCAGCCGCCACCCGAGCCCGCCGACGGCGCCUGGAAGCUCUACGGCGACCGCUUCACGCUCAAAGAUGAACUACCCACCCUCGAGGAGAUGGGCGUGCCCCGCCUAGCCCCCAGCACCACCCAGUCCCAGUCCCAGUCCCAGCCCCAGCCCAUCCGCCACUCCUCAGACGCCAACAACCGCGAGCGCGCCCUGAACCUCAAGCGCCUCGCGAAAUCGGUCCUGCUCAACUUCCUCGAGCUCAUCGGCGCCGCCAGCAUCAACCCGGACGCCAUCCUCGACAAGGCCGCCGACAUCCAGACCAUCCUGCUCAACAUGCACCACGGCAUCAACGAGUACCGGCCCCACCAGGCCCGCGAGAGCCUCAUCCAGACCAUGCAGACCCGCCUCGACCAGGUCCGCGCCGAGACCGCCGCCGUCAACGCCGUCACCGACAAGGCGAGGCGCGUGCUCGAGGGGCUCGGGAGCAUCGAGGUGCCCGUGCCCGCCCCUGCCCUUGCCCCUGGGGGUGGUGGUCAUGGUCAUGGUCUCGCCGGCGCCGGGGACGACGCCGAGUACGGGCCUGAUGACGAGGAGCUCUGGGGUGCUGCGGCCGCGCUUGCGUGAGCGGGCCCCCCGGGCGGGUGGACGAACAGGCUUGUGAGAGCUCGGUGUUGGACGUUGGCGUCGCUUGCUGUUGGCCGGGGCCCUGGCCGUAUAUACCCUUUGAAUUAAGAGCUUGACCUUGACCCCUGUCGGAUGUGCGUCACGAGGAGCGGUCAGGAGCACGCUUACAUUGCGGCCUGCUAGCCCGGUGUUCAGAAAUAACUGGCCUCUGUUACGCAUUGACAUGUUCGUAUACGUCGAGGCCCCGUUCCACAUCAUCAGAACUAGCUUAAGGAUGUGCCGUCCGUCCUCGUGCGCAGGCGAAAUAUCUACCAUGCACGGCCUUGACAGCUCGCUUGUGAUGACGAGCACGCUUUGUCUCGGCAAGGUAGAUCUUGGUCCUCGCCUUCUCGCGCUCGACUCUGGCAGAUCUGCCGGGGCUUAUAACUACCCAGGCAGGCAAAAAGCCGGCAGUGCUUUGCGCAUGCGCACAUCAUGGCCUGCCUGCCUGCUUGCUCUCCGGGUUUCGACCGGUCCAAUCUUGUCGUGUCCGAGGGCCACUCAGCUCCACCUGAAUGCAUGGCUCUUCUCCCCCGUCCUCCCCGCCGCCGCCGCUGCUUGUCGGACGGGGAGACGCUGCAGUUGCCGGCUGGCAGGUGGUGGUUCUGUUCUUACCUAGUUCCGUAUGUAUUCCAUACACGUGCCGAGGCGUAAGCGCUUGCAGACCCAGUUUUUUUGAAUGAUGAGAAACACGACAAUAAUAAAAGUGUAACAAAACUCUCUGGGCACGUGCCCUCAGCCUCGUACCGCACUUUUUACCACUCGUGUGAAGGGCACCGCAUACGGCCUCGGAUAAUUCCAGAAUCAGAAACAAAUCCACUUUGAUCACGUCGCCGGGAAGUCUGCUUCAGACAGGAGCUGAGGUGCCAGGACCAUUUCAAGUUGUUGGCAUAUUUUAGCCUUGAGGCAUGAUCUUAAUCAAACCUUGGAAGAUUAGUCUUGACUUGACCGGUGCCCUGGGCGCGGCCCCAACACGAGAGAAGACGACUGUCUAAACAUUAUCUAGAAUACAAUUUGAAAAGGCUGGUACCGUCGCUUGCGACUGCCAUACAAGGGGGACAAAAGAAAAAUGCAACCCAUAAACGCCAAUAUCACAGCCGCUGUCAUCAAUAUUCAUCAGCUAUCAAUCAAUCAUGCAUGUUCCAGUCUCGUCCCGUCCCGUGCCCGUGCCCGUGCCCGUCCAGCCCAGCCCAGCCCCGCCUGGCUCAUACGACAUUCGAGCCCAGCUCAAUGUCCGACGACGCGGCCCCCCGGGGCCGCUCCUCCUCCUCCGCCUCGUCCUUGGUGGUGGUGUUGAGCUUGAGGGUGCUCGGCUCGGACCCCAGCGUGCCCCCCGGGGUCAUCAUCUUGGAGCCCCGGCGGAGGUGGUGGUUCCCCGAGUUGAAGGGCGUCCCCGGGAUCUGGAAGCUGUACGACUUGCGCGAGAAGGGCGACCUGCGCGUCGAGACCCACUGCACAAAGGGCUUGAUGCCGCUCAGCGUCGCGCAGAAGAUGGCCGUCGUCAUCUCGGCGUUGCUCCACACUGC